UUUGCGUCGAAGCUGCGCAAUUAGUAGCAGCUUGAACACUUCUGUUUUGCACGCAUCCAUCCAUGGUAUUAGAGACCCCAAAAAGGAUAAGCAAGCGAUUGCUGUUAUUGGAUGGAACGAGCUAUUUUGGUGGAGGAAAGAAACCAUGGGUAUUGACUGCAUAAUAUUCCGUGUAACGUUAAACUAGAACUGGCUUAACAUUCACAUUAAAGGUAUGUUAAGCACCUGCCGAGGCCUUGUUUGCUUCGAGUCUAGUCAGUAAUCGGCCUGUUUGGAACAUUAUUAACUUACUCUGCAGAGGCUCGACUUGAGCCGCAGGAUUUAGCCUCUAGCGAGUCAAUUGUUUACAAUUUGAAAAUUAGCUCUAAAGUUUGUCAUAAAUGUAAAUUGUUGUCCACAAUUUAUUGGUUGUUCUCAUGAAGUAAGCCUCGGAUACGUGUACGGCCAAACAAUUUUAGCUAGCGAACGUUAGCUAUCGUAAACUUGGCAGGUGUUGGUCGGUGGGUGCAGCUAGCUAGUUAGGCCAUAUCAGUAUUUACCCGCUACUUAUGCCAAAGCUGCUCCAGAAACAUCAACAAUGUCUUUGGUAGCGUAUGCUAGCAGUGAUGACAGUGAUUCAGACGAAACGUCUAACGUUAGUUCCAUCGUCCCGGGUAGCAAACGUGGGGGUCUUUUCGCACGCCUCCCUGACCCCAAAAGAUCUGCCUCAGAGGCACUAGGAAACGUGCGACCAUGCAAAGGGACAACACACUUCUCUUCACGGAACACUGUGUCAAACGAUGGCGACGAGGACUCAGUUACCCGUUCUCAACCAUCCAAGGGAGGGUUGCCUUUCGACUUACCUAAACCGAAGAAGCGAACAGAGCCUGUCAAAAUCCCUAUACCUGAGAUAAAGAGAGGGGAUUCUGACUCUGAUGAAGAUGAACCAAGGAGAAAGAAAUCCCUGCCCCAGGGUCCUGGCACUGGCCUUUCCUCCCUCCUGCCUCAGCCAAAAAACAUGGUUGUGAAGGAGAUGCAGAGGGCCCUAGUGCCGCACACCCUCACCAAGCGGCCUGAGCCAAGGAAACCCACAAAGCCCUCCUUAGGGGCCUCCCAGGGCCACCUCAGCUCCAGUGCAUCCCCCUCCGCCAUCAAAGCAGCAGCUAAAUCGGCUGCCCUGCAGCUAGCGAGGCAAAUAGCUGCUGAGGAAAGUGACGAAGAACUUGCCCCCGAGAACUACUUCUCCCUGGAAGACAGCGCCAAGCCUCUCCCCGCUGUGGUCCCCAGCUUGAACCCGGAGCCUGUCCCCACCUCAGGCCUGCUACCUGCUCCUCCAGGCAUGCAGCGUGGUACAUUCCAGUCAGAUGCCCCUCUGGACUUUAGCGCAAACCAAGAGGGAGCUUGGGGAGGUCAACAGCUAGGGGUGUACCAGCAGCCCUCGGCAGAGCCUCAGGGUUACUACAACGAGGCUUACUACCAGGAUCCAGAGUCUGACCCAGCGUUGCCCGAGCCAGAGCAACCUAGUUCCUCCGCCCUGUUUGAUGACGAAGCGUUCAUGAGGCUGCAGGGGAAGAGGAACAGGGGCAAGGAAGAGGUGAAGUUCCUGGAGAUUAAGGGAGAUGACCAGCUGAGCGGCAACCAGCAGUGGAUGACCAAGAGCAUGACGGAAGAGAAGCAAGAGCGCAAAUCCUUCAGCAAGAAAAAGGGAGACCAACCCACAGGGCAACAGCGACGCAAGCACCAGAUCACAUACCUCAUCCACCAGGCAAAGGAGCGAGAGCUAGAGCUGAAGAACAACUGGGCUGACAACAAGCUGACUCGCCGGCAAACACAGGCCAAAUACGGCUUUUAAGAACCGUAACAGAAGGCUUGGUGGCAUGCAUAGCCCCCCUGGAGAUUUAGAGUAGUACAGUCCAGAAGAUGUUCUCAACAUGGGGCAGAUACCCUUGCCGUGGGGGAGGGGUUACACACCUCAUAGACCCAUCCUUGGAGAUGUUAGCACUGACUUUCCUUUUUGUCCCCCCUGUUUGUGGGCCUCCCUGGAUUUGAUACUUAAAACAUUGCUGAUAUAAAGUAGUUUUGGUGGUCUAUUUGAUAUUUGUUUGUUGGCUGCAUAGGAAAUCAAACUAAUCAGACUGCACACAUGCUUUCCUGGGAAAUUGUAUUUAAAUGCAAUUUUAUGUGCUGGUGGUGGUGGUAUUUCACCAGAUUACACAUUACUGAUAAUUGGUCGUUCCAGUCUGAGCAUAAGAGGAAUGUUUUCCUUGGUGGGACAGUGACCUGCUCUAAAAUUGUCAAUCCAACCACAAGCUUCCCCUAGUUUUUUUAAAUGUUAGGAAACACUUUUUUUCCUUGGUGGAAUUUCCCUGUUGUGGAGAUGUAUUCCAAACAGGUCAGGUUGAAGCAUCUCUUUACUGGAUUUUGGGGGAGAGUUAGUCUUUGAAAGGAGCCAGAAACUCCUGUCUGCCAAUAAACACAAUCAUAUACAGUGAUGACUUAUUGGUAUUAUAAUGAACUGUGCAAUUUGAAUAAAUACUGCCUGUUGCUCAGCCUGUGGAGAAUCUUGUAGGACGUUGCCUUCUCUUCAGAGGGAGCAUGGAUGUGAAAUUGGAUCCGUUUUGUAUUUUACCAUCCCGGCUAGCUAACCAGGUUCUCUUUUGCCAGACCAACAUUUAGUGAGGAUUUGGGAAUCCAUGCUUCUGAAGGGUGCUCUCUGCACAUUCUGCUGGUGUUAUAGCGUUAUAUGAUAGCAAUUCUGGAUCUAAAGACAGAUACUGUAUGUAUAAGAAAUAUGCUAUGGUACAUUCCUUGCUUACACUUACCCAAUCCUCUCAGAUCGUCACGGGUGUGAAUUAAGAGAAAUGCUGAAAACCCCCCCCCCAAAGAAAAUGCUGAAAACCAGCAUCUCGGUUCUACCUUUCGUGAUGAGCUGGCUCGUGUUUUGUAUAUUGACUCCUAUUAAGUAAAAGCAGAUAUCAUGUAACCAUGUUCACAACUUGGCAUUGGCAGGGACAAAGACUGGCGCUGCCAAAAGCACCCCAUUGGGGACAAUGCUAUAGACAGACUGCUAGAUUUCUAAAGGUGUUACGGCUAACUAUUUUAGGCACUCAGAUCUUAAAGGUCUGUGCUUUUGCCAAGAUAAUUAGGAGGCAUUUCAAUACUGUAUAUCUAUGUAAGAGGCAGGGGAAAUACCUUUUUGUUUUACCCUACACUGUUACAUGUUUUGUGCUGUUACAAUAAAUGUAUUUCAUUUCCUGA